AUGGAGAGGCCAAGCGACGGAGAGGCUAAUCCGCAGCGCAUGACGCGGGCAGAGUAUACUCGCAACGUCCGCGCCGCCAUGGAAGAACGGCGACACAGAGCCAUGGUCAACCGGCAGCACUACCAGCCCCAGAUUCACGAACAAAUCCAGAGACUCUUCGCAGAGUACGAGGCCCCUUUCUACGCUAGGAUGCGCGGCUUUGGCCGCACGCAAACGCUGGGCCUGGCCGAGUCCACGGUCCUGGGACUGGCCGCCGGCAUAGACAGGAGCCUAAGCGACACGGAGACCAAGGCACUGACGGAGCAUUUCCUCUCCAGCGUCCACAACAUGCUGGCGUGGAAAUGGGUCAUGACCGGUCUAGCAGGGUACAUGACCUACCGCGGCCGUCGAACACUGCGGUUCCCCUUCUUCAAGCCCGUCGUCACGGGCGGCCGAUUCAACCCCGCCACGGGCGGCCCCCAAGUCCGCAUCAUGUGGCACACUGCUCGGUUCGCGGCGUACUACGGUGCGUUCUGGCUCAUCGGAGAGCCCAUCUUCCAGGGCGUCAACUUCCUGCGCCAGAGCUGGGCCAUGGACAAAGACCCCAGGCUUGCCUCCCUCCUGCGGGGCGGGAAGAAGCAGGCUGGCGAGGUCCUCGGCGCCGUCCAGGACUCGGGUGGCCAGCAGUACGGAGAUUCUUGGAGACCUGACUCACAACAAGAGUACUCGUCACCGCCCCAAAUCGAUGCCGGCUACCGGCAGCCCUCGCCGUCUACACAAACGCAGGAACAACAAUCAUGGACGUCGUUCCGCCGCCCCGGGUCAGAUCGGCAGGGGCCCCAAGGAGGAUGGGAUGCGGCAGACGAGAUUGGCGAUGCGUCCCCCGUAGCACCGCCGUCCAGAUCAAAAUCUGAAGAGGCCCAAUCCUACAGCGGCUCCGCAUGGGACCGUGUACGACAGCAAGCUCAGUAUUCGCCUCGACAGAGCCGACGGGACCAAAAGUCGUGGGAAGCUCCGCAAGGCAACAAUAGCGGAUGGGGUGGCGAUGAUGACACCAGUCCGCAGUAUCGUAGCUCGAGGGAUGACUACCCGUACUCCGGCAUAGACGAAGAAAAGUCGUCAGCAAAGUCUCAGGCACAGAGAGAAUUUGACGCGUUGGUGGAAAGGGAGAGGAAAGGCGCUGAUCAAGAGCGUGGUACAUGGGGCAGGACGUAG